AUGGUGGAUUUGAAAUUGGAUGGAUGUGAAAACUGCACUACCUUGCCUUCGCUAGCACUGAUGGGCUCACUUCAGAACCUCACAAUCAGAUUGAUGGGAAAAAUGAAAAAGAUAGGUGGUGAGGUUUAUGGAGAGGGUUGCUCAAAGUCUUUUCAAUCGUUGCGGACUCUUUGUUUUGAGGAUUUGCAGGAGUGGAAGUAUUGGGACCCUGUAGAAAAUGACCAUGUCCAAAGAUUCCCUUGUCUUCAAAAGCUUUCAAUUUCUCAAUGUCCUAAACUCUCUGGAAGAUUACCUAAUCAUCUCCCUUUGUUGGAUAAUCUUGUGAUUGAUGAGUGUGAGCAGUUAGUGGUUUCAUUUUCAAGCCUUCCAAUGCUCAGAUCAUUAGAAAUAAAUAGAUGCAAAGGCAUGGUUUGUUGUAGCCUUGUUGAUUCAGAGGCGCUAAACUCCAUGAGUACAGGUAGAGAAUCAAACUUUCCAGUGUUUAGAAGCUGGUCAAGGGAGGGAUUUCAGAAACUAGAACAUCUGUCAAUUGUUGGCUGUGAAGAGCUCAUACAUUUAUUGGCAAAUAAGAUUUGUCCAGAGAAUGCACCACAAGAGUCGAGUUACUUCACCUUCCUUCAAGAGCUGCAUUUAAAAGAGCUCCGGAAUCUUGUUUCGUUUCCAGAUGGGUUACUUUCAAUCUUGAGCAGAGUUACUAUCAGGCAAUGUGACGCCUUAACAUCCUUGCACGAGGGGUUGAAGCACAGCAAUGCACAUCUCAAGUACUUGGAGGUUUAUGACUGUCCUUCUCUAACAUUCAUUGUGAGAGGCCGUUUGCCUUCAUCUCUAAAAGAGCUUUCUAUUAUUAGAUGUGAAAAUUUGGCGUGCAUUUUGGAUAAUGGAGAAGAUAUUUGUACUUCUUCUCCAUCUUCUUAUUCAUUGGUACACAGGGACGACAUGGACAACACCAGCACAUCUCUUCUCUACAAAUUAAGAAUGGUGGAAUGCCAUUCUUUGACGCAUUUAUCCUCAACAGACCAGUUACCUUCAACACUUGCGGAGCUUUCUCUUGCAAACUGUUCAAGUCUCAGAACCUUGGGACAGUUAUCAAAGGGACUUGUGUCCCUUUUUUAUUAG